CUUAGGUUAGGUCCCUUUCUUCUCGCAGCUCUGGUACAUUACAUACAAGCUAGUCCCAGAUAUAUUUAGGAGCAGGUAUGAACCAGUUGGAUCGACAUCUGCAUCAAUAUAAUUCAUCUCAUUGUUCAUCGACAUUCAUCAACCGGCUGGCGGUGGCCACACACUGAUCACAUACGUGAUCGCCCAGUUAACUUGCAGCUGUUUAAUUUCUUGCUUGGUCUUUUGCAAGCAGAGGCAGACGACACCACUGCUCAUCUACAUCCCCAAGCCAUCACAUCGAGCGGAUUAAUAAGCAAGCAGAGGUGGCAGAGAAGUAAAGCGAUGGGAGUAGCAGGCGUGGUGGCCCAUGCCUGGAAUGAAUGGGGCAUCCGGUCGCUGGUGCUGCUGAGCUUCGCUCUCCAGGUCUCGCUCCUGAUCUUGGCGGAGUUCCGGCGGCGCAUCAACUCCAGCGUGGUGAGGCUGUCUGUUUGGUCGGCGUACAUGCUUGCCGACGCGACGGCCAUAUAUGCCCUGGGCCACAUGUCAAUCACCAGCAGGUCUGCUGAGCAUCAGCUGAUGGCGUUGUGGGCACCGCUCCUGCUGCUCCACCUUGGCGGGCAGGACAACAUCACGGCCUACGCCAUCGAGGACAACCGGCUGUGGCUGCGCCAUCUGCAGACGCUCGCUGUGCAGGUGGCCGCAGCCGGCUACGUGCUCUACGAGUCCUCCAUCAUCAGCCAUGUUUCCUUGCUGCUCAGCUGCGCCACCAUCCUCGUGUCCCUGGUUGGUAUUGCCAAGUAUGGGGAGAGAGUGUGGUCGCUCUUGCGCGCCGGCAGCAACCCCAUAACGGGAAAGAACUACCGGAAUUUGCAGCCAUCCACCUCUGCAAUUGAAACCGGGCAUUAUCUCGACGCCCUAAUCUCAGUGGGUCCAUCGUGGGAUGCAGAAGCCUACCUAUUGAUGGCUCAUCGGAUGCUGGAUGUGCCCAUGGAUCUGAUGAGGGGGCCCCUAGGGCAGGAUUAUACUGUAUACCCUUUUGCUUCCAACUUGCGCGGGGAGGAUCUGUACCAGGUGGUGGAGAUGCAGCUCUCCCUGAUGCAUGACGUCUUCUACACCAAGACGGUGGUGAUACACAGCAACAUGUAUGGCCUCUGCGUGCAUGCACUCACGGCGGCGGCCACCGCCUCCGCGUUCUUGCUGUUCCAUUUCCAUCUCAGACCCCCCGGCCACCGCACACAGCAGGGUCCUUACAGCAGGGUAGAUGUGGCGAUCACCUAUGUCCUUCUGGCUGGGGCCCUCGCCCUGGAGGCGGUGUCGCUGCUGAGAGCUCUGCUCUCCAGCUGGACAUGUCCUCUCCUGGUGAGGCGGAGCCGUGAUAAGUAUUGGAUGGAGGAGCACACCCUGCUGAACCGCAUCGCCCGUGCACUCACGAGCCUCCGUCGGCUCGUCCAUGCAGCGGACUGUAGGAGGAGGUACUGGUCAGGCUCCAUGGGGCAGCACAACUUGCUCCAGCUGGGCGCUCGCAGCAGGGCCAGCUCAAUCAGCAAAAUAGCAAGGUGGAUGGGGUUGGAGGACCGGUGGAACAUAAUGGCCUACUCGUCGUGCCUCCCUGCGCCGGCACUCGUCAAGGACCUGCUGGUGAAGCAAGUGUUGAGGGGAGAGGGCGUCUCCCGCGACGGCGUCAGCGCUGAGGAAGCUGCAGGCCGCUCCCACAACAACAGUCAACUACCAGAAGAUGCACGGUACGCCCAGCUUUUUGAUUGUAGGGGUCGAGCAGAGCUGAAGCGUUGGGGGUUGUACGACGGUGACAUCGUGUAUAGCCUGACCUGGAGCCUGGACGAGCGCAUCCUUGUCUGGCACAUCGCCACUAACAUCUUCUUGAGUUGGUGGCGGUCAGAGAAGAAGCAGCAUACCACCAACAACGACGACGACAAGAAAGCCGAGGUGGUCGAGGCGCUCUCCAACUACAUGGUGUUCCUCCUCGCUGCAGACCCAUACAUGCUGUCACCCGCCGCCAGCCGUAGCUCAUACAUCGAGGUGUGCUAUGGCCUCACCACUAGGGGCCCGCGGUACGGCUCGGCUGAGGAACUGGCCAGUGUGCUACGAAUCUACGGGGAUGGAUUGUUGGAGGCAGUGGAGACGGGAUCGACUGACAACCUACACAUCAAGUACGGUUUCCGUCUUGAUUUUUCGACGCAGCAGCAUCUCAGAUUGACGCUGCAGACUGGAUGCAAGCUUGGUGCGAAGCUCAUCAGCUCGGAGGUGGAGUUACCGGACACGACAACAGGCACGCUGGAGGUGGUCGCUCAAGUAUGGGUGGAGACGCUGUGCUACGCAGCCGAGCAAUGCAGCGCGGAUUCUCACGCCAAGCAGCUAAGCAACGGCGGCGAGCUCAUCACCGUCGCUGCGCUUCUUCUGAAAUACCUCAAAAAAAGGCAUUUCCCCACGGCGGGCACCCGGUUCAAUCCCCAGCGCUGGCACCGGGGAGGCCCCUUUGGCAGCCCCCCACCAGAUGAAAAUAAGAACCCCUUUAGCAGGGCUUUUCCAUGAGCCUCUCUCCAUCGGCUUUGGCCAAGUCCUAUCAAACAUGUCACACCAACAGAGCCUCUUGGAAAUAGAAGAACAAUUUACGCUAAAGAUGAAAAGAAAAAAAAAUUGCUUCACCUAGCUUCUCUCUCUAUAUUUAGUCAUCACCUCAACUUCGUGACGGAAAUUCUUGUAUCGUUACAUGAUGGCAACUAUUAUAUUUUCGUAAUAAAUACUCGAUUUUCUUGCA